CAUCUGAACGUGCAUCCCACCAAUAUAUCGUCCCUCUUAGGAAUCAAUUUCCUUCCCUCCAAAAGCCAUCAAAGGACUCCAUUCGUCCCUGCAUCUUCCCCUCUUCUUCAAUCCUGAGAGCAUUUUCGUCCUCUCAUGAGAGGCCACCUAUAGUUCAUGCUACAAGGCAAUGUUUCUGAUGCCACCUUCAGCAAAGAUGGCAAGAAGCAGAAGAAGCAUGCUUGGGUGGAAGAGAGUACCAUCGUUCUUCAUCAUCUUCAUACUUCCGAUCACUCAUAUAGCCACCACCUAUGCAAUUGCAUCACAAGCAGAUAGAUUCAUACCCCGUGACAAUUACCUUCUCAGCUGUGGGGCGCCUGCUGCUGUGCAGCUUGAUGAUGGCAGGGUGUUCCGUUCUGAUCCCGAUUCAGCAUCUUUUCUCUCCACCCCAGUGGACAUCAAGAUUACUGCUAGGAACUCCCUGGCUUCAGGUGCACCAUCAUCCCCACUUUACCUUACAGCAAGAGUUUUCUCUGAUAUCUCUACCUAUAGCUUCUUCAUUUCCCAACCUGGUCGCCAUUGGAUCCGUCUCCAUUUUUUACCAAUCCCUGAUGACCAUUACAACCUCACUACAGCUACAUUCUCUGUCUCCACUGAUGACAUGGUUCUUCUUCACGACUUCUCCUUUACAGCCACUCCUCCUAACCCUGUACUUAGGGAGUACAUUGUUGCAACACAGGGAGACACCUUAAAGAUCAUUUUUACCCCCAAAAAAGCCUCGAUAGCAUUCAUCAAUGCCAUUGAGGUUGUUUCAGCUCCUCCAAGCCUUAUUCCAAAUACCACCACCGGUUUGGCUCCUCAGGGCCAAGUUGACAUCUCCAACAACGCGUUGCAGGUUGUCUACCGGCUGAACAUGGGGGGACCAUUGGUUACAGCCUUCAAUGACACACUAGGUAGAAUGUGGCUGCCAGAUGCACCAUUUCUCAAACUUGAGGCGGCAGCAAAGGCAGCCUGGGUUCCUCCUAGAACCAUAAAGUACCCAGAUGACAAGACCAACACACCCCUCAUUGCUCCAGCAAAUAUCUACUCAACCGCACAACAGAUGGCCUUAACAAACACAACGGAUGCAAGAUUCAAUGUAACAUGGGAAAUGGUGACUGAGACAGGAUUCAACUACUUCGUCCGGCUACAUUUCUGUGACAUUGUCAGUAAGGCACUCAACAGCCUCUACUUCAAUGUAUACAUAAAUGGCAUGAUGGGUGUCCUCAACCUCGACUUGUCAAGCCUGACAAUGGGGCUUGCAGUACCCUACUUCAGAGACUUCAUCAUUGACUCCUCCAGCAUCAUCAACUCCACCCUCAUAGUACAAAUUGGUCCAGGCACAACUGACACCAGCAAUCCCAAUGCCAUUCUUAAUGGCCUUGAGAUCAUGAAAAUAAGCAACCAAGCAAACAGCUUAGAUGGGCUCUUUUCACCAAAAAGAAGUUCACAGCUUGGUAAGAAGAUAAUGACUGGCAUAGGGCUUGCAAUGUUAGUAAUGGUCGCCGCUCUGGCUAUAGUCAUGUGCUGCAGGCGUCGUCAUAGACCUGGAUGGCAGAAGACAAAUAGCUUCCAGCCUUGGUUCCUUCCACUCAACUCCACACAGUCAAGCUUCAUGAGCACCUGCAGCAGGCUGAGCUCCAGAAAUCGUUUUGGCUCUACAAGGACCAAAAGUGGGUUUUCGAGUAUCUUUGCAUCUAGCGCAUAUGGAUUGGGACGCUACUUCACCUUUGUAGAAAUUCAGAAAGCCACAAAAAACUUUGAAGAAAAGGCUAUUAUUGGAGUUGGUGGGUUUGGAAAAGUUUAUCUUGGCAUUCUUGAGGAUGGGACAAAGCUGGCUAUCAAACGAGGCAAUCCAUCUUCUGAUCAAGGUAUGAACGAGUUCUUGACUGAGAUUCAAAUGUUAUCAAAGCUUCGCCAUCGUCACCUAGUUUCACUUAUCGGUUGCUGUGAUGAGAACAAUGAGAUGAUCCUGGUUUAUGAGUUCAUGUCAAAUGGUCCACUCAGGGAUCAUUUAUAUGGUGGCACAGACAUCAAACCUCUCUCCUGGAAGCAACGGCUGGAAAUCAGCAUUGGGGCAGCAAAGGGCCUGCAUUAUCUUCAUACCGGUGCAGCUCAGGGCAUAAUUCACCGUGAUGUUAAGACCACCAAUAUACUGCUUGAUGAAAAUUUUGUAGCCAAAGUUGCAGAUUUUGGCUUAUCAAAAGCUGCUCCAUCCCUUGAGCAAACUCAUGUAAGCACAGCUGUCAAAGGAAGUUUCGGGUAUCUUGAUCCAGAGUACUUCAGACGUCAACAGUUGACAGAGAAGUCCGAUGUAUACUCUUUUGGAGUGGUGCUAUUUGAAGUAUUGUGUGCAAGGCCAGCCAUCAAUCCAGCACUUCCAAGAGACCAGGUGAACCUUGCCGAAUGGGCUCUUACAUGGCACCGCAAGGGAGAGCUGAAUAAAAUAAUUGAUCCCCACAUUUCAGGGCAAAUCCGUUCUGAUUCACUUGAAAUAUUUGCCGAGGCCGCUGAGAAAUGCCUUGCUGACUAUGGUGUAGACCGCCCAUCGAUGGGUGACGUAUUAUGGAAACUCGAAUUUGCCUUGCAACUUCAAGAGAAGGGUGACAUCGUUGAUGGAACCAGCAAUCAGUUCCCAAUGAAGAGCUUAGAAGUGACAAAUGGCGAUGUCAUGGAGAAAUCUGGGAAUGUAGUUCCAUCUUAUGUCCAAGGAAGAUGAAGAUGGGCAUCAAAAUAUACAAAGGCAUUAGCCAUAGUGGAGCGUUUUGUAGUUCAGUAUCAUGCAGAUAUAUCUACUGCCUUAAUAGAAAGAACUUUAUGUUGAUAUGGUACAAAUUGAAUUCACAAUAGGCUCCUAACAGAAA